UGGGUGUGUUGUGUUGGCGAGUAAAGGGAGAAGGAAACGAAACAACGAAACUCUUGAGGAACUUUUGUUGCUUCUUCUUCUAAAGGCAAAAACAAAAACAGACUUUUUCUCAUAUAUUUUCAGGGGAGAGAUACAAUCUGAAUUUUGAUCCCAAAAUCAAAACUUUCUUCUUCUUCCUCUAAUCACUCCGAUCAAGGGUCUCUCCUACCUAAAAGGUCCUGCCUUUAUCAAGCCAGAAAUGUGAGAAACCAAGCUUCUCAUCACGCACUUCGUUUGAUCCAUCGAAUUGGUUUGAUAUCCAAUUUUUGUUACAGCUGUGUUUAAACUCUAAUCGUUUCAAUUCAAAACCACUUUGUUUUUGGUUUCGAUUUCUGUUUGUAGAUUGAUUUAUGUUUGUAGCUCUUUAGAUUGAGAUCUCACAGGUCCAUUGUCAGAAUUAUAUUUUAUCUUUGUAUAUUGUUUUAAGAUUCUGAUGGAUUUGGGUAAUUUAUUAUCUGAGCAAGAAUCGUUUUUUUUUUUUUUGAUUGAUGAAGAAAUGUGCAAUCUUUUUGCUUUGCAGAAAGAGAGAGAGAGAGAGAGAGAGAGAUGGGUAUAUACCUUAGUUCUCCAAAAACAGAUAAGUUUUCAGAAGAUGGGGAAAAUAAUAAACUCAGAUAUGGUUUGUCCUCUAUGCAAGGUUGGCGUGCGUCCAUGGAAGAUGCGCAUGCUGCAAUUCUUGAUCUCGAUGAGAACACUUCCUUCUUGGGUGUCUAUGAUGGCCAUGGAGGUAAAGUUGUUUCAAAGUUCUGCGCCAAGUAUCUACACCAGCAGGUUCUCAGUGAUGAGGCAUAUGCAGCUGGAGACGUAGGAACUUCUCUUCAAAAGGCGUUUUUCAGAAUGGAUGAGAUGAUGCAAGGACAAAGAGGAUGGCGAGAGUUGGCUGUACUCGGUGACAAAAUCAAUAAGUUCAGCGGAAUGAUUGAAGGGUUGAUAUGGUCACCAAGGAGCGGGGACAGCGCUAAUAAACCCGAUGCUUGGGCUUUUGAGGAAGGUCCUCAUUCUGAUUUUACUGGACCUAAUUCUGGGAGCACAGCAUGUGUAGCUGUUAUUAGAAACAAGCAGCUAUUUGUUGCAAAUGCAGGGGACUCACGUUGUGUGAUAUCCAGAAAGGGUCAGGCUUACAAUCUUUCUAGAGAUCAUAAACCAGAUCUUGAUGCUGAGAAAGAAAGGAUAUUAAAAGCUGGUGGCUUUAUUCAUGCUGGGCGAGUCAACGGAAGCUUGAAUCUAGCAAGAGCUAUUGGUGACAUGGAAUUUAAGCAGAACAAGUUUUUGUCAUCUGAAAAGCAAAUUGUUACAGCCAGUCCAGAUGUAAACACUGUUGAACUCUGUGAUGAUGAUGAUUUCCUUGUUCUUGCCUGCGAUGGAAUUUGGGAUUGCAUGACAAGCCAACAACUCGUUGAUUUCAUACAUGAACAAUUGAAUUCAGAGACCAAACUCUCGGCAGUAUGUGAAAAGGUUCUCGAUAGAUGUCUGGCUCCAAAUACCGCAGGUGGUGAAGGCUGUGAUAACAUGACCAUGAUCUUGGUUCAAUUCAAGAAGCCUGUUCAGUCCACGGAACUAACUCACUUAGAAACUGAACCAAAACCAGAACCAAGCCAAGCCGAAGCGAAACAUGAUCACCCGAGCACAUCAAACUAGCCCCAUCCUCAAGAGUCACGGAAGAUGGCUGGCAUCUAGAUCUAGUAAUUCGGUUCAGAUUGUAAAUCAUUUUGGAAGACAUUGUUAUAUAUCACAACCUGACGUUUCUGGGGAUUUUAGUAUUCCAUUUCCUCCGUGUGCAGACUUUUGUCUCAGGAGCUCCCACAAUGCAGUAGGAAUAAUUGAUGUGAAAUUGUUGUUGGCCUUAAAGAACAUAUCAUCAUCAUGUAAAUAAACAAAUCAAUAUGACAUUUACACAA